AUCAGCUGGAGUCAAGUUUACGAAUCGUUCUUAAGAAAAAGUAAAUAAAAACAAUUUAUAGUUUAUGUGUAAUAAAAAUAGUAUUAAAGAAUAAAUAAGAUUAAAACAUAAUAAAUAAAAUCAAAAUGGGUAAUCAGUUGGUUGGAAUAGCACCAUCACAAAUAUACCCUGUGGAGCACUACUUUUCGGGUACAUUUGGUACAGAAAUUGUUUUUGAUUCAAAUAUGGGUAGCACACGUUUUUUCAAAGUAGCCAAAGCAAAAACAGAAGAAGGAUUGAUUGUUGUAAAAGUAUUUGUGAAACAUGAUCCAACAUUACCUUUAGAAGAUUAUAAAGAGAGAGUGGAAUAUAUUAAAAAAACACUUGCUAAUGCAGUAAAUUGUUUGCCAUUUCAGAGAGUUGAGCUCACUGACAAGGCUGCAUAUAUAAUGAGAGAAUUUGUGAAACAUAGUUUAUAUGACCGCGUCUCCACACGCCCGUUUCUAACUGUUUUGGAAAAGAAAUGGAUUACAUUCCAAAUUUUAUGUGCUUUAAACCAAUGUCAUAAACAGAAAAUAUGUCAUGGUGAUAUUAAGCUAGAAAAUAUAUUGAUAACAUCAUGGAAUUGGAUUUUAUUAUCCGAUUUUGCCUCAUUUAAGCCAACGUACUUACCGGAAGAUAAUCCAGCUGAUUACACAUACUUUUUUGAUACAAGCCGUAGACGUACUUGUUACAUUGCUCCAGAACGUUUCGUUAAAACGUUGUCAUCAGAAGAUCCAGAAGGAAAUGUUUCUAUGUUUCCUACUGACUCAAUAUUACGUUUAGGACCCUAUUCUGGAACAACUGUUCUACCAGCUAUGGAUAUAUUCUCUGCUGGUUGUGCAUUGUUAGAAUUAUGGACUGAAGGUACCGCCCCCUUUGAAUUAUCUCAACUGUUAGCAUAUCGACGUGGUGAACGCGAUUUAGUUGAAAAACAUUUACAAGGCAUCGAUAAUGAAAAUUUGCGAAAUUUAUUAGCGUCAAUGAUUAAUUUAAAUUCAAUAAAUCGAAAAAGUGCCGAAGAUUAUUUGGCUGACGAACGUGGUCGUCUUUUUCCGGAAUAUUUCUAUUCGUUUUUACAAUCAUAUUUGCAAAUAUUUUCCUCUACGCCUAUUAUGUCUGCAGAUGAUAAAAUCUUAACACUACAUACCGAUAUGAACCACUGUAUUAAGGUUUUGACAAAUGCACAAAAUGUGACGCCUGAUGAAGAAACAAUUGAUGGAUUUAAACAACUUGCCAUAACUGAAAAGAAAGAUGAUUUA